CUGUCUGCUUCUGGAGAUAUGUUAAAUGCAAACAGAGUGGAGAUUAGGGCAAUUUUCCAGCGACGCGGGGGGGACAGAGGGGUGUCAGCAGUAAGAUUUUUAUGGUGAGAAUCACCUGAGUUGGRCAAACACAGAUGCUGGUGAGCACCAGACUAUAAAGGGCAGCUCCUCUCUCCUCUCCCUGUGACCCUCGACAAGCCGCUACUCCGCACCAUCUCGGGACAGCAGGGAGCAAGGAGGAUGAUGGCAGCGGCCAGACUCGCCCUCCUGCUGCUGGGCUGCGUGGGGCUCCUGCGGCCGGUCGAUGCCAGGUACAUAAACUACUGCCCCGACGGCUGGUCCUACUACAAGCUCGGCUGCUUCAAAUACUUCCGUGAGCCCCUCACCUGGGACGAGGCUGAGAGGCAGUGCCAGAACACCCAGAAAGGAGCCCACCUGGCCUGGGUGGAGGAGCCCCGCGAAGCUAGCACCCUGAGGAGAGCCAUCUCCUACUACCAACGCGUGGAAUCCGUCUGGAUUGGCCUCCAACGGGACAGAGAGAGCCAGACCUGGCAGUGGACAAAUGGRAAUAAAUACAGCCUCGCCAGUGGGAUCCCUGGGAACAGUGCCCGAGGCGGGGCCUGCGCCAUGCUGACCCACCAGAGCAGUUUCACUCUCUGGUCCAGCKCCGAGUGCUCCCGGGAGCAUCCCUACGUCUGCAAGUUCUACCCCUUGCACUGAGCACAGCCCCUGGCCUGUGGGGGACCCUGCGCCCGCGAUGUCCCUCCCGUGCCACCUCUGCUCCCUUCCCCACAAUUMCUAUAAAUAUAUCUAUAAAAAAAGAAGCACACAAGUGCUGCGUGAGCUUGGU